AUUACCCAUUACUUCACUUCACUCUAUUUUACUCUCUCUCUCUCUCUCUCUCUCUAGAGACUAUGGCUAAAGCUCUCGUCCUUCUGCAGCUCACACUGCUGCUAGCGGCCGCCUGCUUCACUGUCUCAGGCAAUGAGCCUGAGGGAGUAGCUUUCUCGGCUCAGUCUCCCUCCCCUUUCCACCAUUCCCCAAUCUACCCUCCAUCCGAAUCCCCAAAAUACCCCAACAGCCACCCUCCCUAUCCCGACCCCCACCGCCAGAAGAUCCAACCCCCGAGUCAGCCACCGGUUUAUCCCCCAACUCAAUCACCGGUUCAGUAUCCGCCGAGUUACCCCCUCCCCAAGAGGAGUCUUCUGGCCGUUCAAGGAGUUGUGUUUUGCAAGCCUUGCAACUACUCUGGGGUUGACACCCUUAUGGGGGCUACCCCACUCGUUGAUGCUUCUGUGAAACUCGAGUGCAACAACACAAAGAGGCCACUAGUCCAAGAGGCCAAGACAGACAAGAAUGGCUACUUCUACAUGAUGGCCCCAAACAGCAUCACCACAUUUGGUUCCCACAAGUGCAAGGUCUUCCUGUCCUCCUCCCCAAUGGCUACCUGCAACAAGCCCACAGAUCUCCACUACGGGAUGCAGGGUGCCAUCUUGAUGCCUCAGAAGCUGCCGCAGCCGCCUGCCCAAGCCCCUGAACUGAGCCCUCUCUCAGCUCGUGACGACCCAGCAGUACUGUCCCCAUAUGAACUAUUCACAGUUGGGCCCUUUGCCUUUGAACCCCAAACCAUAUGCCCACAUUGAUCUCUACAUUGGAUUCGUAGUUAUGGGUAUCUGUGUUUUGUGCUCUUAUGGGCUACUACUACGUAGGUUUUUACUUAUUGCUUUGAAAUGUGUGUUUCGGUGACAGUAGAAUGUACUAAUGUUGUAGUGUUAAAUAACGGUAUCGGAAUACAUGACGGUGACAAUUGGGGUGAUUCGUAA